AUGAGUACGCUCUUUGAAGAUGUCAAAGUGAUUUAUAGCUUUUCUGACGGAAAGACUGUCGUUGCCUACAAGCCUGAUGGAAAGGAAGCUGUUAUAGGUGGUGCUGAUGGUGCAGGUCUCCAUAUCUAUGAAACAGAAUCUAUAAACGAAGAGUAUCAGCAUGUAGAAAUUUCUGAGCAUGUGGAAGAUGUUACCUGUGUGGCGACCAAUCAACAUGGUGCGUUUGCAUCUGGAGGCACUGACGGCAUCGUGAACCUCUAUACCAAGGACAACAAGUUUGAUCGUAUCCUGGUUCGCAGCACCACACCUGUUCGAGACAUUAGCUUUCAUCCGGACGGAACCAAGCUUGCCAUUGCAGCCGAUGAUCCUGUUAUUCGCAUAGUACUGUGUGCUGACAAUUCCAAGAUUGUCAACCUGGAAGGACACAAGCACCUUGUCAAAUCAGUCAAUUAUGAUCCUUUUGGCAGUUACAUCAUCUCGUCUGAUGUGCAUGGCAGCAUUCACAUUUGGAACGUAUCACCUCAGGAACCAGCACCUCGUUGUGUCAAAGUCUUGCAAGAGUACAGCUAUGCAUCCGACAUGGACUCCGUAUUGCAAGCAACAGUAGCAUGGCAUCCAGCUAAUAGUAGCAGUUUUGCAUUCCCAGGAACCAACAAUGAUGUUCGCGUAUUCAAAGCAGACAUUUGGACACCUGAAUACACGCUGGACGGACAACACACAUCUAGUGUCAUUACAUUGGCUUGGUCUCCUAAUGGCUACUAUAUCGUCAGCUCUGCAGAAGACAACACGUUGGUCAUUUGGAAUACAAAGACAAAGACGCCUGUUCGCGUUGAAAUCACACCGACUGCUAUCACUGGCAUUGCAUGGCACCCCACUGACAACGAGAUUUCUUUGACUGACAUGGAUGGCAACCUUAGAAUCUGGAAAGAGCCUAUUCCUACCGACAAUAGCAACUAUCCACAUCCAGCAAAGAUGCGCAAAAGGCCUACUUCAGCUGGUGUCCCUGCAUCUCAGCGAGUCUUUGACACCGAUAAAAUCAUGCAGCCCAGCAGUUUACCGCCUCUCAGCUCAAGCCUUUUCGCAGACGAAGAAGCUCUAGAUGAUGGCGAUGAACUAGGAGACGAUGUAGACAUGAUGGAUGAGUUGGGUGAAGGACUAGAUGAAGAGGAGGAAGAACUGGGCGAAAACGAUAUGGGCGAUUUUGUCAUUGACGAUGAUGGUGCUGGUUAUGUGGAAACAGCUGAACAGGCGAGCGAACAAAAGAAGCAGUCGAGACUCAACAAGGGUUCAUCAGCCAUGGCAAAUGCAGUGCUGGUCCAACGCCAGCGAAAACUAGAAGCAGCCUUUGACCCUCCCACCACGUUUCAGCCAGGCGAAACCCCAUAUCAUAAACCAGAGCCCAACACAACAUUUGCACCCAAAAACGGCGAGCGAAGAUACAUGGCUUACAAUUUGGUCGGUGCCAUUUCUACCAUUUACGAAGACGGACACUCUAUCAUCAAUGUCGAAUUUCACGACCAGUCUGAAUACCGCAACUUUCAUUUCACUGACGUGUUAAAUUUUACCAUGGGUGCCAUCAGUUCUGCAGGCACAGUGUACGCCGUGGAAGGCAGAGAAGCUGUAAAAAAGGCCGAAAAGGUGGGCAGAGGAGAGAACGAUGAUUUGUUUGAUUCAGACGACUCAGAAGAUGACCAAGAAGAAACGACGCAAAUCAAUUCAACGCUGUAUUUUAGACCAAACAAUAGCGGAUCAGAAAAAGACUGGACCCACCACAUGCUGCCUGGGGAAGACGUAGUCAGCAUUGCCAUCAACCGUGUUUCCGUGAUAGCGACUACUUCUUUAGGCUAUGUACGUAUUUUCUCAAUCUCUGGCGUGCAACGAUACAUCUUUUCAUUAGAAAACGUAGUGUCAGUAGCAGCCAUGACUGAUUUGGCUCUGCUUGUACACUCUGCUGGUCCGGCCUUUGGACACCAACAAAACCUAAAUUUUAUGCUGCUGAAUACAGAGACCAAUGAAGUGUUACAAAAAGACAAGGUGCAACUGACGACAGACAGCGAACUCAACUGGAUUGGGUUUUCAGAGACAAAUCAGGCUGCAACAUUUGACUCUGCCGGUAUUUUACGCCUCUUGUACCAUCAACGUCGACCUUUUCAAAGCCGUUGGGUGCCCGUGUUUGACAGCAAGGCCUACGCUGCUGCAAACCAGAGAACAGAGACAUAUUGGCCUGUGGGUGUCUUGCGAGACAGACUCAUGUGCGUGGUGCUGCGUGGUGCCAAUACAUAUCCCUUCUUUCCGCGUCCACCUGUCAAGGACAUUCCAUUGCAACUUCCCUUGCUAGAACAGUCUACCGAAGUGGGUCAAUUGGAAGAGACCGUUUUACGAAUCCAAGCUUGCAAUGCGCACGAAAAGGACGAAGCAGAGGCCACCAACACAGAAGAGGACUAUGCAGACACAUUUAGAGAGGCUGAUUCAGAUAUGGAUGUGGCGCUUCUCAAGCUAAUCAACAUUGCUUGUAAAACGGAAAAAGUGUCAAAAGCAUUAGACAUGACCUACAUUUUGCACUCGCCAGAUUCCAUUGACAAGGCCAUCAAGAUUGCCGUUCAUUAUCGCUAUACCAGCCUGGCAGAAAAGAUGACUAGUAUCAAGCAAGCCAAAUUUAUCAAUGAAAGCUUGCCUACACCGUCUACAUUGGCCGAUAGCUUGGCGGCGUUGCCUAGUAUGUAUGCAUCUACACAACCCACAUUAGAAGGCGAUCUUGCCUUUGUCAAGCGAGAAAAGGCAAACGACAGCAACAAACGAAACAUGUAUGAUUCUGAAGAUGAAGAUAUGAUGGACACACCUUUUUCCAAAAAGUCAAGGCCCUUUUCAUUUUCUACACAGCGCUGA